AUGCAUAUUCCCAGCUCACAGAGAGAAUUUCUGCAAAAAGUGCAGGUAGUACUUCGCCAAUACGACUCACAGCUGAAAGAUAUCAAUCACAAAAUCUGGUCCAACCCAGAGAUUGGAUUCCAGGAAUACAAAGCCCACGAUCACAUCUGCAAAUUAUUCGAGAGCCUGAGAUCCAAUGGUUAUAAAGUCCAUCGGAAAGCCUACGGUCUUGAGACUGCCCUUGAAGUAGAUUUCACUUUUGGAAGCGGAGGGCGUGUGGUGGCUUUCAACGCCGAAUAUGAUGCGCUUCCCGGUAUCGGCCAUGCCUGUGGACAUAAUCUGAUCGCCACGAGCUCUAUUGCAGCAUUCAUCGCCACCUGUGAAACUCUAAAGGCCUCCGCUCAGUCCUCAUAUAUUCCUGGAUUCACCGUCCGUCUACUAGGUACCCCCGCGGAAGAGGGGGGCGGUGGAAAAGUGAAGCUCCUUGAUGCAGGUGCCUAUAAAGAUGUGGACACCUGUCUGAUGGUUCAUCCUGUUCCGAUUGCUCCGGAUAUGCCUGAGCUAGUAAGCAUGUCGUCUGUUACAGAUGGGGGCUUCCUUGCUACUGAUCAGGUACGCGUCACCUUCAUUGGCAAGCCUGCCCACGCGGCAGCAGCUCCUUGGGAAGGUAUCAAUGCUCUGGAUGCAGUGGUUUCAGCAUACGUCAAUAUCUCCAUGCUUCGACAGCAGAUCCUCCCUACUCAGAGGAUUCAUGGUGUUAUUGCCAAUGGAGGCGAUAGGGCCAAUAUCAUUCCCAUGUCCGCCACGGUGAACUAUGUAACUCGGUCAACAACAGUGGAGACGCUUAAGCCUUUGACAGAAAAGGUUGUAAAAUGCUUUGAGGCAGCGGCUACAGCUACGGGCUGUAAGGUCGAAUUUGAAUGGGGCGUUUCGUAUUAUGACGUUAAGAGCAACAGGCCUAUUUGUGAGAGCUAUUUGUCCGCAAUGCGGGCGAUGGGACAUCAUACACUCAUCGAUAACUCGACUGUGAAGGGCGUACUCUCUGGGGCUUCUACUGACAUGGGGAAUGUCUCGUACGCUGUGCCCGGAUUCCAUGGCCUCUUCUGCAUCCCAAGUGAGGGCGUCAAUCACACGCCACUAUUUACUAACGGGGCUGCAUCGCGGAAAGCACAUGAAAGAGCCAUCGCAUGUGCAGCUGGAAUGGCGGUUGUCGCGUGUCAGAUCAUAGUGGACGAUAAGUUUGCUGAGGCAGUGAAGAAGAACUUCGACGAAAGUGAUAAGAAAACAUGA